UAGUCCAGGUUUACAAAGGAUAAGAAACUCACAUUUGGGGCUCCAAUGAUUUUGGAAGUGGCGGCCCCUGUUUUAGUCUUGGAUUUACUCCCUUUAACAACUCACUGAAAUGCUAGUUGGCAAGUUGGCUAAAUUCAACUGUCAUUCUCAGUCUCACUAUCAACCUUAUUUACAUCAUACAGCCCCCAAUUCAACUUGUUGAUUGCCAUAACAAUAAUAACCCCCAAACAUAAUCCCCUAUAAUAAUCCCACCACUUCUGCUUCCUCUGCUACCAAAUUCCACUUCUAGUUCCAUAAUUUGUGCUUCUUCAACUACCAAUCACUUGUAUUUUUACUCUAUCUUGCGAUGGCACCUUCAUGGGAAGAGAGUGUUGCGAGUUCAAUAAACACCAUAUAUCUCCUCUUCUCAGCUUACCUAGUCUUUGUAAUGCAGCUUGGAUUUGCUAUGCUAUGUGCAGGUUCAGUCCGUGCUAAGAACGCACUGAACAUAAUGCUGACCAAUGUUGUUGAUGCUGUUGUAGGCAGCCUCUCAUACUACCUCUUUGGUUUUGCUUUCGCCUUUGGAACUGGCUCUGAACCCAACCCUUUCAUUGGUACGCAAUUCUUCGCCCUCAAAGAUGUGCCUGAUGGUAAAUACGACUAUAGUUUCUUCCUCUAUCAAUGGUCAUUUGCCAUUGCAGUUGCUGGGAUUACCAGUGGCUCAAUAGCUGAGAGAACACAGUUUAGUGCUUACCUCAUUUUCUCUUUCUUUCUAUCUGGGUUUGUGUAUCCUGUUGUAGCUCAUUGGGUUUGGUCCUCCCAUGGUUGGCUUAGCGCGGGUUCUGCUACUCUGUUUCUGGGUUCAGGGGCCAUAGAUUUUGCUGGGAGUGGUGUGGUUCACUUGGUUGGUGGUAUUGCUGGACUUUGGGGCUCCAUUAUUGAAGGCCCACGGGUUGGUCGGUUUGAUGCAUUUGGGAAGCCUGUUCCCAUAAAAGGUCAUAAUGCAACUCUAGUGGUUCUAGGUACGUUUUUGCUUUGGUUUGGUUGGUUCGGGUUUAACCCCGGGUCAUUUGGUGAGAUCCUAGUACCAUACCCGACUACAACUGACCAAGGUAAUUGGACUGCCAUAGGGCGGACUGCUGUGACCACCACAUUGGCUGGUUCAAUGUCCGGGUUAGUUACCCUGUUUGGAAGACGCCUUUUGAUAGGCCACUGGGAUGCAAUGGAUGUUUGCAACGGGGUCCUUGGUGGGUUUGUUGCUAUAACAUCCGGGUGUUCAGUGGUCGAACCAUGGGCCGCUAUUAUAUGUGGGUUUGUUGCAGCCUGGGUCUUGAUUGGGCUCAACAUGUUGGCCCUGAAACUGCAUUUUGACGACCCGUUAGAGGCAGCACAACUGCACGGCGGGUGUGGAGCCUGGGGUUUGAUAUUUACAGGGUUGUUUGCCAAAGAAGAGUUCAUAAUCCAGGCUUAUGACUCAGGCAAAGGUGACGCUUCUCGUUCUCAUGGUCUCCUGCUGGGUGGGGGUUGGGGGUUGUUCGGGUCACAAGUACUCGAACUCAUAGUGAUCGUGGGUUGGGUUAGCGUGACCAUGGGCCCGUUGUUUUACGUCUUGCAUAAAUUGAAACUGCUAAGAAUAUCAAUUGAUGAUGAAGUUGCUGGUCUUGACAUAUCAAGCCAUGGAGGAUAUGCCUACCAUAACCAAGAUGAAGAUGAACGUCCACGUCGUUAUAAAGAUUAUUUGCAGAUGCAUAAUUAGUCACGAACUCCGAUUCAAUUCGACAUGAACUUGUAUUUCAAAAGCUUAUUGAUUUUACCUUGCAUCAAAGCAGGCCAAUUAUUCCAUUCCAUCUUACAUUUUCCUGUACUGCAGUUCGCCUGCAAGUUGAAAUUAUGUAUAGUGUCUAUAGCUUCCUUGUUGAUAUAAAUGGAGAUGUUUAGUGUAAAUGUGUGGUGCUUAAAUAUGUUACUUGACUGA